GGAGCGCAUGCUGUGAACCGCUGCAGUAAAGCAAUGAUGGCCACUAAACUGGCUCAGCUUCUCCUUUGCUUUUGGAUAACUUUGCCAUUCUGUAUCACGGAAAAAGUCAAAGAAAGGAGCGCCCGGCAAAGAGACGCGGAGUUCACUGACAGGCACCAGUCGUGCAUGCAGGGAGUACCUGGAGUGCAGGGCAGGGAUGGGAACCCGGGGAUGAAUGGCAUUCCAGGCACCCCAGGAAUCCCUGGGAGAGACGGACUUAAGGGCGAGAAGGGAGAGUGUGUGACUGAGAGGCUUGAGGAUCCCUGGAAACCCAACUUCAAACAGUGCGCCUGGAAUUCUUUAAACUACGGCAUUGAUCUGGGCAAAAUAGCCGACGCGUCCUGGCCAGGAUUUCGAAGCUAG